UCUCCUCCUCCUCCUCAUCCUCCUCUCCCUCAUCCUCCUCUUCUCUCUCUCCGCAUCACCCCUGGAUCUACCGGACUCCCUAACGGAGGAACAACUGCAGCCAAACAGAGUUUACUCUCCUUCUUUUUCUCUCUCCCCCUCCCUCCAUCCUCUCAUCCUUCGGUGCGUAAAAACGCUGCGUCCCCGGACCCGAGCCGAACUUUCUCCCCGGACCUCGGCUCUCCUCCGCCGGCCAUGGAAGUGGUCAAGAGCCGGCUGCUGGGCAUCUCCGUGGCCGUGGCGCACGGCGUGUUCUCCGGCUCCCUGAACAUCCUGCUCAAGUUCCUGAUCAGCAACUACCACUUCAACUUCCUCACGCUCAUCCAGUUCCUCACCAGCUUCACGGCGGCGGUCGCGCUGGAGACGCUGCGGCGGCUCGGCAAGGUGGACAUCCCGGCGUUCAGCCUGCAGCUGUCCAAGGAGUUUGCGUCGGUGUGUAUCCUGUCCACCCUCCAGUCCACCCUGACCCUCUGGUCCCUGCGCGGCCUCAGCCUGCCCAUGUACGUGGUGUUCAAGCGCUGCCUGCCGCUCUUCACGCUCAGCAUCGGGGUGUGUGUCCUCAGGAACGGGGUGCCCUCUGUCGGCGUGGCAACGGCCGUGCUCAUCACCACCGGGGGGGCCGUCAUGGCUGGUGCCGGGGAUCUCACCGGCGACCCGUUCGGCUACGUGACCGGCGUCCUGGCCGUGAUCAUCCACGCCUCCUACCUGGUGGUGAUCCAGAAGACGGCCGUGGACAGCGAGCACGGUCCCCUCACGGCCCAGUACGCCAUCACCAUCAUGGCGUCUCCGGUGCUCCUGGUCUGCUCCAUCAUCUCCAUGGACGCCCUGCACAUGUGGUCGUACGAGGGCUGGCAGGUGCCGCAGAUCACCGCCAUCUUCGUGCUCUGCAUCUUCAUCGGCUGCGCCAUGAACUUCACCACGCUGCACUGCACCUACAUCAACUCGGCCGUGACCACCAGCUUCGUGGGCGUGGUGAAGAGCAUCGCCACCAUCACCGUGGGCAUGCUGGCCUUCGAGGACGUGGCGCCCACGGGGCUGUUCAUCGGCGGCGUGGUGGUCAACACCGUGGGCUCCGUCACCUACUGCGUGGUCAAGUACUUCGAGACCAAGAGGAAGAGCUCGUACGAGGACCUGGAGAAGGCGGACAAGGACGCGGCGGCGCAGGACGGCGAGCCGUACAAGGAGAAGCCGCCGCUGAACGGAUCCGGCGGCGGUGGACCCGGCGAACCGGAGACCGGAGAGUCCAUCGGCCGGCUGUCGAACGGAGACGUGCAGACGGAGGACAGCGGACACGAGGACGGGGACGAUGGGAAGUACGGCGUCAUGACGGACGACGAGGUGCUGGAGAUGCAGAGGGAACACCUUCACAAGGAGAACAACCCUCCGCCGACAACCGCCGCCCCGUCGGUCAGCGACAACUUUGUGGGGGUGUGGAGAUCCAUCAGACAACUGCAGUUCACGAAAAAGGAGAACCUGAUCGAUAACAUGGAGGUGCAGAGUCCGUAAAGCCUGGAUUAUGGUUCUGCGUUACACCAACGCAGAGCACACGCCGUUGCUGUGACGCUGCCGUGAAUCCCUCGGACUUCUCCGUCACUCCAUUUCGCCGCGGUGCAAUACCCCCCCAGAGCACUAGGAAUGGUUUUUCCGACUUUUCCGGUCACAGUGAAUCAAAGAGAUAAGGACAACUGUCGUGCAAAAAAAAAACUAAACAAAAAAAAAAUCACACACACACGAAGAAAAGAGUGUUGAAAGUUCACAACUGUUUCAUGAACCGGAACCGGAAAUGCGUUGCUACCAAGCGAACCAAUCACAGCCCUCUCCGUCUCUCGACUUCUUGACGCAUAGUUACAUUUUUUGGGAGGUGCGCGUCAGGCACGGCGUGGCGUGGCGUGUGCGACGCGGCGCACGCUCGGCGUGGAUUUAACGCAGAACCAUAAUCCAGCCUUUAGGUGCAGGAACCGGAAACCUGGACAAAAAAACCUCUGCUGGACGUCCGCCAGGAACCUCUUUUAUCGGUGUCAGCGAAGCUAAAUCCGCGCUGGAAGGUGAGCCUAGCUGACUAGCUAGCUACCCCACCCCCCCCAGAACUACAGGACUAUAGGAGAGGUUCCCGGAGGAUGUGGGGGUCGGCGGCGCUGACCUCCGACCCCCCGGCCGAUGACGCGGGACGAUGCAGACCGCGGCGAAGCAUGAUGCGGUUCUGCAGACCAGCUGGUUCAGGUUGAAAAAUCCAAUCAGGGAAUCAAUUGUUUCUGUUUCUGUCCAUUAAAAGCUGUGAAAAUCGUUUGUAAGCGGCUCCGGGAGUCUGAGUAAACAUGUCUGUGAUGUUCUGAGUGCACGAGUCUGUCGGGUCCUGCAGGUCCAACACCGCUUUUUCCUCACUUUCAUCUACAGGGGUGUCAAAUGUUUCCAACGCAAAAACCGAAAUGUUAAUUUACUGAAAAGGAAGCCAUAAAUAAUUGCCAUGAAUCGCAGCAUAUCCGAUAACAUAUUUCUUUACAAAUCCAUCGUUAUUCCACAAAUAGAGCAGUUUUCGAAUUUUUUUUAGUUUUCUAGAAU